CCUUUGCUCACUUUUUUUUGUCGCACUGCACUCAUUGAAACCCUCGAUUCUCACCAUGGGUAAAGAAGGCAUUCGAUACGCGGCAAAGGUCGAUCUGAACAAGCCUGCAUCGGAGCAAGAAUGUCUACAUAACCGCUGGCACCCAGAGAACCCAUCUUACGCGACAAUCAAGCCCGGUGAAGUGGUCAAGAUUGAAUGCGUCGACUGGACCGGAGGCCAAAUCGGCAACAAUGACUCUGCCGACGACGUGCGCGACGUGGACCUGACCAAGAUCCACUACCUGACGGGGCCCUUUGACAUUGAGACUGCAGAGGCUGGCGAUGUUCUUGUCGUCGAGAUCCAAGACGUGCAGCCGCUCGACGAGCAGCCGUGGGGGUUUACGGGCAUUUUUGCAAAGGAGAAUGGUGGGGGGUUUCUGGAUGAGAUUUAUCCCGAGCCAGCAAAAGCCAUCUGGGACUUUGAAGGCAUCUUCUGCAGUUCUCGCCAUAUCCCUGGUGUGAGAUUCGCAGGCCUGAUUCAUCCUGGCAUCCUCGGCUGCGCGCCCUCAGCCCAAGUCCUCGAAACGUGGAACAAGCGCGAAGCCGAACUCAUCUCCACACACACCCAUCUCCAACGCAUCGUGGCGGAGCCCCCGCAACCCACCAACGUGCACGCAGGCUCUGCCCCCGCGCAUCUCAAAGCGAAAAUCGGACAGCAAGGCGCGCGCACCAUCCCGGGCCGCCCCGAACACGGCGGCAACUGCGACAUCAAGAACCUGUCUCGCGGCUCCAAAGUCUAUCUGCCCGUGCACGUGUCGGGCGCCAAGUUCAGCGUGGGCGAUUUACACUUUAGCCAGGGCGACGGCGAAAUCUCCUUUUGCGGCGCAAUUGAAAUGGCGGGCGUGAUUACGCUGAAAUUCAGCGUCAUGAAGGACGGCAUGGCGCAGCUGGGGAUCAAGAGCCCGAUUUACAUCCCGGGCCCUGUGGAGCCGCAGUUUGGACCAGGCAGGUAUAUUUAUUUCGAGGGUUUUAGUGUGGAUGAGGCGGGCAAACAGCAUUAUCUGGAUGCCACGGUCGCGUAUCGUCAGACGUGUUUGAGGGUGAUUGAGUAUUUGAGGCGGUUUGGCUACAGCGACUACCAAAUCUACCUCCUCCUCUCCUGCGCCCCUGUCCAGGGCCAUGUCGCCGGCAUCGUUGAUAUCCCCAAUGCAUGCACCACCAUGGGCGUGCCAAUGGACAUUUUCGACUUUGACAUUAGUCCCCAUGUGCCGGCUCAGAAGCGCGAUAUGGGCGCUUGUGCUUAUGUGACAAAGUAGUUUGUCUGUCUGUUGUAGUUUUGUUUAAUUGAUCGAGGGAGAGGGGUGGUGUUGUGUUUGAUGUUAAUACUGCUUUUUCCUUUCCUUCUUCUUUGGCUAGUUGUGUAUGUAUGUAUGUAUGUAUGUAUGUAUGUAUGUGUGGUCAGUGCAAGAAGAGGGUGGAGUGAGUCGGUUGUUAUCAGUGAGCCA